GGAGGGUGGAGUGACAAAUAACGGGAUGCAGCCCUUCGAGCAAGGAAUACUGUUGGGAAGAGAGACACAGAACGGAUUUAUUUUUUGAUACGUUUUGCAUUUUAUAGACUUUAAGGAAAGAAUUUUAAUCAUGGGGCGGCUACAAAGUUUAGUGUUGGGAGUAAUUUUUUUCUUGAUCCAGACUUUUAGGUCAGGAUUUUGUGAAGACGGAUUGCCAUGCCAGCCAAGUUUCGAUUCAGCUGUUUUUGUAUUCUCGGUGUACAGAAAGACUCUUAACACGGGAACGAGACUAGGCAAAGUACAUUUUGAUGACUGCGGUGGUCCUCAGAAAGUCUUAAUUCAGGCUAGGAAUUUCCACAUUAAAGUGGACUCUGAUGGGACGGUGCAUCUGAAUAGACCUACUACGCUGCACAGUGGAGAAAAGAACUUCACAAUCAGCAUUUUGGGCUCCAAGAGCGAGAGGAAGUCAGCCACAGUCAGAGUGGUUCACUUACCCAGUCCUGAAAAGACUCCAGUGCUGUUGAUGCCACACUCUUCCAAAGGAUUGAAGAGGAGAAAGAGGGACUGGCUCAUACCCCCAAUCCGCAUCCCAGAGAACAGCAGAGGCCCCUUCCCCCAAAAAAUUGUGCGGAUGAGAUCCAGCCACGGUAAGAAAAAGAAGGUACAGUACAGCAUCACUGGGCCUGGGGCAGAUCAGCCAGCUCUUAUGCUUUUCACCAUUGACAAAGACACUGGCUGGUUAAGUGUCAUCCAGUCUUUGGACCGAGAGAAGGAUGACAAAUAUAUACUCUUUGUUCAUGCUGUUGCAGAGGGCGACAAUCAGACUGAGGAAGCAUUGGAAAUUGUCAUCUUUGUGAGCGAUCAGAACGACAACAAACCUGAAUUUACCAAGGAUCUCUUUCUGGGCAGCAUAGCUGAAUCAUCCCCAAGAGGUUUUGAAUUUAUGAGGGUGACAGCUGUUGAUAAAGAUGAACCUGGAUCAUUUAAUUCUGACAUUAGAUACAAACUUCUGACACAAGACCCAGAGAGUCCAGAAGCAAAUAUGUUCUUAAUUAACUCUAUAACUGGAGGGAUUCUACUGAAUUCAGGGGGGCUGGACAGAGAGAAAAUUUCUAAUUAUACAUUGGUAAUUCAAGCUUCUGAUAUGGAGGGGGAAGGCCUCUCAAACACCUGCACAGCAAUCAUCACAGUAAUCAGCAAUGAUGACGCUCCUAAGUUUGUGCCGAGUUCAUACACAGUGUCAGUCCCUGAGAAUGAAGUGGGUGCCCUGGUGGUGAAAAUGCCAGUGACUGAUGGGGAUGAACCUCACACACCAGCCUGGUCAACUAAAUACAAGAUUAUUGAAGGAAACAAUGGAGGGUUCUUCAGUGUCAGCACUGGACCCAGCAUGCUGGAGGGCAUUAUUACUACAGCCAAGGGCCUUGAUUUUGAGAAGGAUGAGAAUUACACCUUGCUGGUCACUGUGGAGAAUGACGCCCCAUUUGGCGCCCUUCUGCCGACCUCCACUGCCACAGUUACUGUGAAUGUGGUGGAUGGGAAUGAUGCUCCAGUCUUUAAUCCAGUUGAGAAGGUGAUCAGUAAACCAGAGAUCCUGAAAGUGGGGGCUGACCUAAUUGUAUAUACAGCAACUGAUCCUGAUGCAACAGCAGGAAAAAGUCAGAAAAUGUGGUAUAAAUCAGGCCAUGAUCCUGCUGGAUGGCUAAGCAUCAAUAAUGAGACUGGACUCAUCAAAAUCAAGAGCCCCAUGGAUAAAGACUCUCCCUUUGUUGAAGGGGGCAGAUACCGGGCCCUCAUCCUUGCCAUUGAUGACGAUGAUAUCCCUGCAACAGGGACUGGGACUCUGCUGAUUGAGUUGGAAGAAGUGAAGGUGGUGAAGUAAGUGAUAAAGCUCCCAUAAUGGAGCUUUCCAGCCAGAGCUCCCAGGAUGGUCCAAGACCGCGUGGACUGCCUAUGGGUCUAUGACAACCACAGACAUUUCCAGGACAACACCAUCACUGCAAAUGUAACUUGUAAAGCUUGCAGUACUUGCAUGAGAACAGCUUAAAAUUAUCACCAGAUUUAAAUUGACAUAAAUUUGUAUCAGUGUUCAUGAUCAGACAUCAUCAGAUUUUCGUGCAUGCGUGAUUAUGGCAAUCAAGAUGCUCAUUUAUUUUUACAUUGAUAUUCUUGUUGUAUUUUAUUGUGUGUUUUGGGCCUCUCUUGCAGAAUUAGUGCUUCUGGUAAGUGUAAUUAUUGUAAGACAGUGUACCUCAUUUAUCAAUAUUUACUGGAUUUAUCACACCACUUUUUUUGUAUCCGCAUGUGUAUGUUCAUAAAUACCAAGUAACCAUAUAUCAAAAGUGUAUUCACAUAAUUUUUGAUUAACAAUUGGUGCCCCUAAAUUACAAUAUAAACAUCUUGGAAAUCCUUCACUGUA